UAUCUGGUAGCCCAUUUGGACCAUUAAUCAUCCGUAUUCCGACGUUCUGUAUUCCCAGCUGUCUAGAAAAGGCCAAUUUCGAACAUUAACUAUCUGCUUCAGAAACGCAUUUUUCUAAAAGUACCAAGUACGCAAAGAAAUCGUUGGUUAUUGUCCAAAGAUCAAAUCUUUUUUUGUAUUGGUGAUCGCAGUUGACCGGGCGGAAUUCUUGUUCCCCGGGGAUAUGGAUAUUUGGGAGAAUUUAUCCAAGGCUGAGUUGCUGAACCAACAAAAGGAAGAGACCCUUCAAAAUUUGAUGGGUUUCGUGAAGUCCGAAUGGAAGGAUUUUGAGGAUCAGUUAAUAUCGUCCAAGACCUGCUUGACUGAAUGGUUAAGUGAAGAGGAACUGAAGUCGGAUGAGGAAUGGAUCCGGGUAAAAUGGGUUGAUAAAGGGUACAAGAUUUUGAGGGGUAUCGGAGAAGAUAGAGAUCGAGAGGGGUCUGUUUGAAAUAAUUUAAGACUCUGUAGAUGAAAAGAUGAAGGAUUUAGUUUUUCAAGAAGAGCAAAUCAAGGGUUUGUGGGAAAGAGACAAAAGGGAAUUCAGAUCUCUGGUGAAAUGUUUGGAGGAGAGGGAAAUUCAACUAGAAUCGAAGGAGAGUCUUCUCCAGGGAAGGGAAAAGGAGGUGAUUGAAAAGGAGAAUGGUGUUAAAUCAAGGGACAAAGUUUUGGACGAAAGAGAAAGUAACCUCGUUGCAGAGGAAAAGGUUUUGGAGAGAUGGAAAACUGAGCUUAGUAUCAGAGAAGGAAUGGUAGAUAGAAAGGAAAAGAUCAGGGAAUUCAAUAUUGGACUUUAGAGAAAAAGUUUUGAUGCUACUGCAGAAGGCAUGGACAUGGAUAAGGAUGACAGGAAUUGUAGGAGUAGUUUUAAAAGAAGUUGUAUUGAUGGAAAGAUCAAGGAAGAAAAUGUAGGCUCAUGAUUGCAUCACUGUGAUUUCGGAUUGCAACUUCAUCUUGAAUCUCCUCCUCCUGGAACUUCCAGGUUUCUUUUUUUACAUAUGCAGGUUGAAAAUCUGAAAUUUUUGAAACUUUUAGCCUUCUUUUGCGUGUUUCUGCUUAGACUAGCAUCAGUGCAUCACUGUAAAUUCGGGCGUUCCUAACUUCUUACUCAGAUGCACGACUUCUUCAUUGCUUUAUUAUCUAGGAAACAUGAACAUUUGCAGUUUCCUUCGUAUUCAUUUUUGUUUUUGUGCUGAUGUAAAGUGCUUUGCUAUGAUGCUGAAAUUGUUAAUUUGACAGUCUACUAGCCGCCCUACACUAAUUUGAUAUCCGGGGUCGAUGAAUUCCGAAAUUCCUUCAACACAGGAAAUCAUCUUUCAUCUAGAGCAGUAAUUAGUCUUCUUCAAUCCUUUGUCAACUCAUAAUUUCUGGCGCCGAACAUUUUCAGAAUUACUGGGUAAUGACUCCUCAACCGACUUCGAUCCUUGUUCUUUCAUUUUGUGCUCAUUCAAGCAUUUUCUCAAACAGGUCUCUGCAGACUUCAAAUGACGCUCACAAUCCUUCGAUUCCAUCAUCAACAAAUCCAACGCACCACAAACACUAGCUCUCUUCUCUCCAUUCAGCAACAUGGCAUCAGAUAACUUUACCCAGAUUAUCCAUCUAUUACAGACCAUGAAUUUCACCUUGAUUUUUCAAAAAGAAAGAGGAGACAAAAAAGAUUUGAUCUUUGAACAACGUUGACGAGUUUCUCUGUUUUUCAGCUCUGUUUUUGGUGAGAUGAAAAAAGGGCUUUUUCUUCUGAAAGCUUAAAGCUAAUCGAUUUCUGCUGAUGAAGCUUUGAUCAGAUGAGAAGAAUUGAGUUCAGUGAUCAUUUUACAGUCAGUUCCUUCAACAAAACAAACCCUAAAUUUUGUAACAGUUGAUAAUUGAUAAGGUUAAACGUUGUUUUUUUUCCUGGUUAAAAAGCAAUACUUAUAUUAACAUUAGGAAACAUCCGAUAAUAUACAAGUCCCUGAACUUCUGAAAUCACGGUGUAAUAGUAGAGUUAAGGCUGUCCAUCGGGUCAGAAAAUUGGGUAUUCGGGUAUUCUGAUUUCGGUCAUUCGAGUGUUCGGGUUCAAAAGGUUUCACCCGAUCGCCAAACUCAAGUUCAUUCAUCCAUAACCGAUUGACUAGGUCGGGUGUUCGCGUUUUCGGUCGGGUAUUCAGGUGAAAUGAAACCCCCGAUGCUUCUCUCUCAUGGUACCUGAAGAAUCGGAAGAAGAAGAAGGAAAGGAGCGUACCGAUGCAACUGAAGAACUUGAAGAGAAAAGCAAGCCUCAUUUCAAUUUAAUUGUGCAUGGAAACACAAUUUCAUCUCAUGGGUGCGUGGAAGUAAGUCGAGGAAGCAGACCCAGUUCGAUUAUGUGAAGGUAGAAGCUCAAUUAAAACUAUACAAAAAACAGAAAUGACCGGCCGAUCUUAUGAGCAUUCUAAAUAGAAUCUUAUAACUAAUUAUUGCUAAGGUAUUGGAAAUGGUGGAAAGCUUUUAUCUUGUUAAGGGAAUUGGAGGAAAUGGUUCCAAGGAUGAUGACGUGGCCAUAAUUGCAUAACCAGAGCAGAGGAAGAUGAAAUUUUGUCGAAGGGGGAUGAUGAAGGCGAUGAAAUUGAUGCUAAUAAUGAAGUGACGAAUGAUGGAGGAGGAGAAAUUGGAGAUUGACAAUGAGGGAAAUAAAGUGUUGAAAGAAAACCUAAUUUAUUGAGUUUGGAUAGUUCGGGUGGAUAUGAAAUUGCCCGAUAAUAGUCACCAAAUUAAAUACAUUAGUUCAAUUUUACCAUACAGCAACCGAUAUACCAAUUCAACUCAAAUCGAAAAACUAAAGUUACGUUCGGUUCGGUCGGGUCUCGGUUGACCCGACCCAAUGAACAGGCCCAAGUAGAGUUAUAAAACUAGGGGCCACAUCAAAAAAUUAUAGCCUUCUAUCUAACCCUUUACUAGAAGAAUUAUAAAAUAGGAUUAAA